CUGUUGUACAUUUUAAAGAAACACGACAAUCAAUAAACUAUCCCAUCUUCCCAAAUCAGGAAACCCCCUCCUCUUUCUGGGUUUCCUCUGGAGAAAAACAAAAGCCAUAAGAGAGAAAGAACAAAAUUCUGUUUUCUUCCAAUUCUCAUGGAGACGGAAGCCUCUUUGGCCAAUGAACGCCUUCAUUUUGGGAAGAUGGGAUAUGGAUGCAAACAUUAUAGGAGGAGAUGUAAGAUUCGAGCUCCAUGUUGCAACGAGGUUUUCUGGUGUCGCCAUUGCCAUAACGAGGCAUCGAACUUGUUAAAGAACCCUUCAGACUGGCACGACAUUUUUCGUCAGGACGUUGAACAAGUUAUUUGUUCGGUUUGUGACACAGAGCAGCCGGUUGCUAAACUUUGUUCAAAUUGUGGCGUCAAUAUGGGAGAAUACUUUUGUGAAAUUUGCAAGUUCUAUGAUGAUGAUAUUGAGAAAGAGCACUUCCAUUGCCAUGAGUGUGGGAUCUGCAGAGUUGGCAGUCGGGAUAACUUUUUUCAUUGCAAAAAGUGUGGAUCCUGCUAUUCCCUUGCAUUGCGAAAUAAUCAUUUUUGCGUGGAGAACUCGAUGCGGCAUAACUGUCCCAUAUGUUAUGAGUACCUAUUUGAUUCGUUGAAAGAUACCACCGUAAUGAAAUGUGGUCACACAAUGCACUGCGAAUGUUACUAUGAGAUGAUAAAGCGAGACAAAUAUUGUUGUCCGAUAUGCUCAAAGUCAGUAAUCGAUAUGUCUAGAACCUGGAAGAGGAUAGACGAAGAGAUCGAAGCAACUGCAAUGCCAGAGGACUACCGGCACAAGAAGGUUUGGAUCCUAUGCAAUGACUGUAACGACACAACCGAAGUUUACUUCCACAUAAUAGGGCAGAAAUGCAGUCAUUGUAAAUCAUAUAAUACUCGCAUGAUCGCCCCUCCGGUACUCCCGCAUUGAAAAGAUCAUGGCCGAGGAAUGAAGCAAGCAAGCUCAAGGCAUCUAAGGCGGGUGCGUCUAAUCAUAAAAUCCGAAGACGAAUUCUUGGCUACAUGUUUGAUCAUUUAAACUUGUAUUUCAUCAUUGUAUUGUUUAUGUAUCACUAUAGCAUAUGAUUCAAAUUACUGUGGCGUUUUCAUAUCUUUCUCAUGAAUUUU